AGUGUUUGAUUAAAAUGAUUUUGUUUGUUUGAAUUGCAGGAAAAGGUAAGUUUUAGUGUAAAAAAAGGAAGUGAAAAUGGUGGAGAAAAGUAAAGGAAGAAAGGAAGAGGUUGUUUCCAGGGAAUAUACAAUUAACCUCCACAAGCGUUUACAUGGAUGCACAUUCAAGAAGAAGGCCCCAACAGCCAUCAAGGAGAUCAGGAAGUUCGCACAGAAAGCUAUGGGUACAAAGGAUGUCAGAGUUGACGUGAAGCUCAACAAGCAGAUCUGGAGCAGGGGCAUCCGAAGUGUUCCAAGGCGUGUCAGAGUUCGUAUUGCUCGCAAGAGGAAUGACGAUGAGGACGCAAAGGAGGAGCUCUACUCUCUGGUUACUGUUGCUGAGAUCCCAGCAGAAGGAUUGAAGGGUCUUGGUACCAAGAUCAUCGAGGAUGAAGAUUAAACAGUCAUUUUUGGUGAAGAAUGUUACUUUUAUAUUUUGGGAUCCUUUUUAGUGCUAUUAGACUCCGAAGUUUUGUUAUGAUACUAAGUCAUUUCGUGUUUGGAAUUCUCACCAUGAUUUUGUGCUAUUCAUGUUUUCAAUGUCUCUGUA